CCAACCUCGACGCAUAUCGACGUUUUCCGUGUGUGUGGCAAACGGCCGAGACGAGCCGAUCGAAGCCGCCACGUUGCUCUGGAUGGCAUCCGACCAAGUCUCGGACUUUCACCUGAGUUCACUCUUGCAUCCAAACCAUGUCGUGGCGCUCCAGUCGUACUUCUCACGGACGUCGGACGACCCGGCGUGCCAAAAGCUGUCGCUGCAGCAGUUCACGAAAGCCCUCAAGAAGGUGCUUGGGCCGUCCUCGUCCACGAUCCCGGACGACCAAUUGGCCCGCAUGUUCAACCGCAUCGAUGCCAACUCGGACGGCUCGGUCACGUGGGACGAGUGGUGCGACUUCUUCCUCCUGUUUGACCAGCGGCACAUCAAUUUGUACCGGGACAUGCACUCGUCCAUCCUGCAACCUCGGGACGGCUACAGCGGGAAAGACCCGUCGAUCGGCACCCGACAUGGCGUGAUUGAGCACAUUUUGGCUCUGCUCGUACCCAUGGAGCUCCUCAAACCGCCCGAGUGGCUCUACGUGACGUGCGCCCGCAACGGCACGGUGAGUCUAUGGGACCCGACGUCGCUGGCGGUGGUGGGGUCGCUGCGUCCACCAAACCCAACUCAAUGGGUGACAAACAUGAUUGCUCUGUCGGUGCCCAACUUUGUGGCUGUCAGCGUCGUCGACCGGUUCAUAUACAUCAUCCAGUUGAGUUCGUUGAGCGUCGUGGAAACGUUGGGUCCGUUGGCCCAUGCAGCGGUGGGGAUGGCGGCGUUUCGAAAUGCGGACGGCGGACACAUGCUUGCGUUCGGGGACAUGGGCGGCGGGCUCAAUCUCCGCACGGUUCGCGUGGUAUCGUCGGAGAAGGUCGCGUUCGUAUCUCCCGUCCGCCACGUGAUUCACCGGGACUGGGUCACACAGGUGACAUACCUCGCGGCGUAUCGAUACCUCAUUACGGCAUCCAUGGACAGCUCCAUCAAGUUUUCAAAUCUCGCGGAUGGAGCUGUCCAGCGGCAGUUCAACUGCCAUCGGUCGGGUGUGUAUUCGUUCUGUUACUCGCCGCAGCUGAAUCUCAUGGCGAGCAGCGGGUCGCGCAGUGUCCUGCUGUGGAACCCAGACCAAAUGGACGUGUUGGCAUCGCUCCAGGGCCAUGGCAGCCCCGUGCACCAGAUGGUCCUGGACGAGCGCGCGUACAAGCUGUUCACGCUCUCCAUGGACAAGGUGCUCAAAGUGUGGGAUUGCUACACGUACCAGUGCAUGCAAACCAUCGUGGACCCGACUGUGCAUUACCCCGACGACCGCAUUGGCCGCAUUUUCUGGGACGCCAAGCUCCUGCACCUCGUGUCAUCGACGACACGGCUACGAGUGUGGCCGAUCCACACGGUGCUUCAGAGCAACACCCGCACGAGCCACGACUGCGCCAUCUCGUGCGCCACUUACACGCCUGCGCUGCACCAGGUGGCGACGGGCGACGUGCGCUCGGCCAUUCACACGUGGGAUGCUUCCACCGGCGAGCUCGUCAUGCGCAUUCCCAGGGCGCAUGGCUCGAACCAAAUCACGGUCGUCACGUACGAAUUCACCGGCAAGCGCGUCCUCAGCGGUGCCGCCGACGGCAGCGUCCACAUUUGGAAUGCCAGCAACGGCCAGCUCCUCUCGAAGCUGCAUCGAACGGUACCGGUCGCCGGGCCGAUGGAGGUCUCUGGCAUCGUGUACGUCGUGCCCCAAGUCACUGCGAAGUCCCUAAACCAGGACAGGUACAUCCUGGUCAGUGGCUGGGAUCGCCAAGUCGUCAAAUACAAAGACACCAAGGCGCUGGACGUUUAUCCGCUCGAAGUUUUUACCGAGUCGACGCAUACACACAGCGAGGACGUGGUCGCGAUGUGCUACAUCACGCCUCCUGCCGCGCUCGUGGUGUCGGCCAGUGUCGACGGCAGCAUCUUUCUGUGGUCCUUUACGAUUCGGCUUCUGCGCCACCGGCUGACGUUGCCGAGUGCCCAAGCCAGCUACGACAUGACGUUUCGCGUGAAGGCAGCAGGGACGGCACCGGACGAGCCCUCUGACUUUGUCGACUGCUUGAUUCCGUAUCCGUCGCAGGCGAGCUUUAUCAGUGGCAGCAACCGGGGGCGCAUCGACAUGUGGUGUGCCGAGUCGGGCAGCAUCAAGCAAAGCAUUCUCGCCACGACCACGAUGGGCCACGGGAUUACGAGCUUGGCUCUCGAUGACGCCAACGCGCAGCUCGCCGCGGGUAACGCGGCCGGCGACGUGCAUUUGUGGAACCUCACCAACGUGGCAUGGUACUACUCGACGCCGCCCCCGACGCAACAGAAGAAUGCCACGGCGGCGUUGGUGCGCAAGUGGCAGCACGCAAGCCUCGUCUCGACUUGGAAAGCCCACAGCGACGGCGUGGUAUUCAUCGCCCACGUGAGCAAUCUGAUCGUGUCGGCGGGCCGAGACGGGGUGCUAGCCGUGUGGAGCCAUCGUGGCCACCAGAUGGGCAUCUUCGGCCACGACCGCGUGACGUUACCUCGGGAGCCCUGCACGACCGCUCCGAUGGACAGACCUCAACUCGACGACUUGAAAGCGUCGGCCCCGCCGCCGCUUCAGCGGACGCUGGCCAACAAAGCGCUGCGAGUACAGCGUCCUCCGCCGAUGCUCUGGAAUGACCAAAUGAGUUGUAACAAUCGUUUUUGUGCGGGGCUGUAGACAUUAUCGCCGCGAGUGGCCGGGCGACUUCUCCCGUCCGACUUGAUCAAGCCCGCGUCGGCCCGCGCCAUGGCGGCUCCGCAACCAGCAUCACCACGAGAACUGCGCCUAAAACAAACCAACCACCUCACGGUGCACGCGGUGACGGACGUGCCGCGAAAAGUGCACGACUUUUUGCAUGCGAGCCUUGUCGACGCAACAGAGGACGAGUUUCGACGGAAAGACGCAGCGUGCAAUCUCUAAAGAAAGCAAGACGACAUUGGUGUCGGACUCAGCUCCCUGUCGACCCUGUCAGCGCGGUCCCCGAGCCACCACGUGAUGCGCGCGGCACCGCCACGGUGGUCGUGACGGAAGCCGUCGAUAAAACUGAACAAGCGCCGGCGCAGAUGGAUAAAUAGUAAACAUAACGACGUGGUUGAGUAGGUGCGGCGGCAUCGUCGACAUGGACGUCGCUGUCGUUGUGUGCUCGGCUCUCGACAUGGCUGCUUCACGAGUCCGGAUCGUCCCAUGCGUACGGCUGCGCGAGGCCGAUCG